GCGAGAUCUCUUCCUCUAUUAAUACUGGCCCCUGCCCCUGCCCCGGCCCCAUCGUGUUCGGUCGUGUACUUCUCCUCUAUCUAUCCAAUCUUUUUCCUGUCUGUUUCAAGAGCUCUGGGAGGGCGAAAAUGAGCAGCUCGAUGAGCAUGGUGGAGGCGAGGCUGCCGCCGGGGUUCCGGUUCCACCCGCGGGACCACGAGCUCGUGCUGGACUACCUCUGCCACAAGCUCUCCGGCGGUGGUGGCCGCGGCGGUGGCGGCGUGGACAUGGUCGACGUCGAUCUCAACAAGUGCGAGCCAUGGGAGCUUCCAGACGCGGCGUGCGUGGGCGGCAAGGAGUGGUACUUCUUCAGCCGGCACGACCGCAAGUACGCGACGGGGCAGCGCACCAACCGCGCCACGCACACCGGCUACUGGAAGGCCACGGGCAAGGACCGCGUCAUCACCGGCGACGGCGCGGCGGCGGUCGUCGGGAUGCGCAAGACGCUCGUCUUCUACCUGGGGAGAGCCCCCCGGGGAACCAAGACAGAGUGGGUCAUGCACGAGUUCCGCGUCGAGGGACGCCCGCCGCGCUCGGUUCACCGCCAGCUCGCCACCCCCCACGACGGCUCGCCGCCGUUUCUCCUCGAGGAGGACUGGGUGCUGUGCAGGGUGUUCUACAAAAGCACAACCGCCGCCCCAACACCGGCCUCCGACGAGUCGUCAGGUUCCUUGAGCAGCGACCUUGGCGUGGCGCCGGUGCUGCUGCCCGUAGCACCUAUCAAUGUCGUUGGCCGGACGCAGAUGGCCGAGAUCACGGACGGCUACUAUGGGCAGCAAGAGCACCCCACUGGCAUCCUUCCGGUUGUGCACCACUGGCCCGUGGCGUCAUUGCCGUUCACGAGCUUCAGGGACCUGCUAGGGGACUCCCAGCCGAACUAUGUUCGAUUCGAGCUAGGGGCUGAUGGAGAAUUUUGCUUCCCACCCGCCACCCACUUCAUAGCUACUGUCGAAAACUCAACCGACGUGCUUAACUGGGGCUCCGAAGUCAUCGACAACUUGGACGGAGAUGCCGACAAGGAGCAAGAAAACGGCAUUGCUACGACGGGCCUGCUCCUUGGCCCGGACCAUCUCCACUUGAAGAACUUCAACGGCGGCAGCACCAUCUACAGCCACGCGCAUUCCAGCAUCUAA